UUGAGCUUUAUUCGCUUCCCUCAAGGCCGAAAAAAUUUUAGUUGUGUUUUGAUAUUGUGACUUGUGAUGUUGCAACAGUGAUAUAGUGACUGUUGUGAUGUUACAACAUUAAUAUAAUAACUUUACAGUGUAGUAAUGUUUUAAUGGUGAUAUAGUGACUGUUUACAGCGUAGUGAUGUUACAACGGUGAUACAGUGACUGUUUACAGUGUGGUAAUUUUUAAGUGAUACAGUGGCUGUUUACAGUGUAGUGAUGUUACAACAGUGAUACAGUGACUGUAGCAAUAUCACAAGAGCGAUACAAUGACAAGUGGUGUUGCAACAGUGAUACAGUGACUGUAGCAAAGUUACAACAGUAAUAUAAUGACUUUACAGUGUAGCAAUCUCAACAGUGAUACAGUGACUGUAGUGAUGUUACAACAGUGAUACAGUGACUGUAGUGAUGUUACAACAGUGAUACAGUGACUGUAGCCAGUCUGGUUAACACCGUGGUUAUUUCACUGCCAGAAAGGGCAUUUAAGGCGACUGAACUACCAAGUCGUGGAGCUUUCGCCGUUCAUUGGCAACAUAGGAUUAUCAUCGUCGUCGAUGUUGGUGCUGGAGGGAAUGACCAGCCGCUGCAGCAGCUGGCACUGCCGCAAAGCUGCCAGGACGAUACAGCGACCCCAUACCAGCGACUAGUCUCCGCCACAGCGACCCUCGAUGUCGUCCUAACGAUAGUGACACAAAAUGGCAGACAGACAGAGGAACUUUGCGCAAUAUGCUACAGCGCUGAACCAGUUUGCAACGUUUAAUAACGAUGGCGGGGGCGCGGAGCGAGGUGGGCGUGAGCGGGUGGAUGGCGGGGCCGGGGUGGCCGCCCCCGGGGGUAACAGCGGUGGUGGCGGCGGUGCUAGUCAUGGAGGAACACCGGCCGCCGGCAACGCCGCGCUCUGGGGGGAGCUGAGCAGGUCGCUACAGUACAACAAUUAUCCUGGGUUCAGCACUGCCUGGCAAGGUGGCGGGAGCGACAUGCGGCUGUAUGGGUACAGCGGAUAUGGCGAAGGUCAAGUGGACGGCCGUGCUGAGCCCCGGACCGACAGCCGGGGUGAGGGACGGCGCGUGCCCAGCAAGGGGGAGACCAAGGCCACACCGCCUCUACCGCCGGGGAUGGCGCCUGGUGUAGGCUCGGCGCUGGCAUCUCUGCAGCAGCUAGUGGCCAGCGGCGGUGAUGCAGCCACGGUGUACCGCAGCCUAUUGGCUGCCCGACAGUACGCAGCGGCUGCUGCGGCCCUGGGGGCGCUACCCACGCCGUCUUCAAUUAACCCGGCUGCCUUACAUGCUGCUGCACCACUCACUACGCAUCACCAACAGCAACAGCAACAACAGCAACAGCAACAAAGACGGCAUCAACAACAUCAACAACAGCAGCAACAUCAGCAACAGCUACAACAACAGCAACACCAACAUCAGCAACAACAUCAACAACAACAACAUCAGCAACAACAUCAACAACAACAACAACAACAACAACAACAACAACAACAACAACAACAACAACAACAACAACAACAUCAACAUCAACAGCAGCAGCAGCUCCAGCAACAACAGCAGCACCAACAACUGCAACUACAACAGCAACAGCAAGCAGCAGCAGCACUAGUAACAGCAGCUACGGCUGGACUUAAUGGAGAGGGCCUGGCGCUACAUGGCGCUCCCCGUAUUCAGCAGGUGUCGCCGCAAGACAGGAAACAUAGCACUACCGUCCCCGCAGACACACGACAUGAUGACCCUCAACCGUCUCCUGAUAGAACGCGAUCGCACCAUCUACCGCCUGGCAUCAACCAGGAGGUGCUGUGCAAUCCAGCAAAACUGAAAGAGGCUAAUGAGGUCGCCAGUGUUGACGGCUGCAUCGAUGGAAGCAGCGACAGCCGCCGAGUGCAGAGUGGAAGCGAGAGCGAGGGUGACCAGAAGACCAGACACCGGCGGAAACAGGAGCAACCCCGGCGACAGAGCGUCAUAUAUCCCAUUACGGCGCAGCCUGAAGGAGCAGCAGGCGGAGGUGGAGAUUCCAGCUCGGACGAUUCUCAGGGAUUUGACGUCUUGCUAACGAGAAACACCGUGGAACGCAGGGAUUCACCGCAUGAUUCACUCCGGAGUAAUUCACCGGCUGACCCUGCCCUACGGCUACCAAUACCCAGGGAGGCAUUUUCAAAUCAGGGUAUGAGUCAAGCCAUGAGUCAUGCCCUUGCGCAUCCGUUCUUAGCUGCUCACCUGAACGCUAAUCAGUUACUACAGAUGACCCAUACUCCACCAUCAGGAAAGGUGGAUGUGCCCCCUCAGCCGCUACAACAGUUACAAGUCCGAACGGAUCUCCUUGAACCCCACCCUAAGGAACCUGAAACCUAUCCCAUACAAGAACCCCAAAGAUCCCUUACCCAGUUGCAAAUAACCCAGCAAGAAGUUGAUAUAAAUAGUAUAAGGACUAAUAAUGCUCCUGUAGAGGGUACCACAGCGCCCGUUAAAAAGCGUAGAUGUUCUCCGAGGUAUUUAGAAAAUGAUACGGCGAGUGUUGGUGAUGCGUCGGGUACCAGUACAAUUAGUGAGGUAGGACGGAGUGAUGGAGUGGAAAAUAUAGCGAGUAUAGGUGUUUCCCUGUCUGCGGAGGAAAGUGCCACACACACUUUAAGUGCUAGCAUAGAUAGCAACCCUAUAAAUGGUGUUAGGGCAGCCAGUGAGGACGAAGUAAAGAGUGUUAGUGGUAGCAGUAGUAACAAUCUUUUGUUAAACGUGAGCGCAGAAAAUUGUGAGGUUGAUAACAGUGUACAUAAAACUCUAGGCAAGAACGAUCAAGAAUAUUUCAAUGGUGAUAAUGAAAUAUUUGAUAACGUAAGGAAAAACAACAGGAAAAGAAAAUCGGAAAGUGAGUCAGUGACGGAGAUGGAAUAUCAGUGCGAUGGGCCGCUGGAAGAGUGCGGUGAUACUAAAAGGAGAACCAGACAGAAAAGAGCAGUGUCUUAUGUGGAAGAUGGCACGGAUCCAGUGUUGGAAAUGAACGAGGAUUCCUCGCCUGAUGCGACCCCUCUCAAAAAGAAAGGUCGCAGGUCCAAAGAUAUUAGAGAUAAGGUUGACGGAGAGAGUAAUCCUAGCCCAGAGCAGCAGACUCCCAUUGAACCUCCCAUCACCCCUCCGAUACUUACCACAGAUGACUCGCAGAGUAAGUCAUCAUCUAACUCUCCCAUGGUAGGGAGGCGUGGCCGUGGCGUCCUCCGUGGAGUCAGCAGAGGCAGAGGGAGGCAGUUAGUGCCCCUCUCUCAAGACUUUGCAAGUGUUACUGAACCACUGCAUGUGGACACAACACUUAUUACUGAGCCAGAUUUAAGAGUUCCUGGACCACCACCCAUUACCCCAUCUUCCUGCAGCCCCGAUGUUUAUGACUUCAAUGACACUGACAGCGACGGCGUCGGCCGCGGCAAGAAGGGGAAACGCGGGCGGAAGAAAGGAAGUGGUCUUAAAAAAAAUGCUAGGUCUCCACUGGAGAUAGCAAAAUCAAGCAUCAGCCCCAGGCCUAGAGAACCCCAUGCCAAGUCUCCCAGGUCACCAAAGUUCUUUUCUAGUUCUCGUAGCCCCAUGUCGGAAAGAAAUAAGGAAUGGCUUCGAGGUAUCUCCCCGCCGGUCAAAGAUUUAUCAAAAACUCUGGCCGAGAUGUCAUCAUCAGAAAGUACAACGGUCAGCCUUCUUCAAGAAAGCAGUGUAGACAUAGGUAAAAUAAUCCCACUGUCUGUAGACAUUCUUACACAAGAUUCUCAAAGUGGUGAUGCACCACCUGUAGAUAAUGCAGCCAAAACAGAUGCACAUGUGGUGUCUCCCAGAAGAAGCAGCAGGAGGAACAAGACAAGAGACAACCAGGAACUUCUCACUGCCAAGGGUAAUGAGUCCACGGACUCUAAUCUUAGGUCAUCACCAUCGGGCAACUUAAAAAACAACACGUCGUUCUCAGGGCUCAUCUUGGAUGGUGCACAAAACAGAGACGACAAGGACGAGAAAGCUUUAGCCUUGGCAGCUACCUUGUCACAACCAGUCAAUGGGUUAGGUUCCCCGAGCAGCAGAAUUAGAAAGAGAGGCCGGAGAAGCGGUGACCAACUCCUUCCCGACCAGCAGACAAACACCGACGAAACACAGACACUUCUCAUGCAAGAAAAUGGGAAAAAACCGCCACUGGACCGUCUUGCCCAUCCUGAAGAGUCUCCAAGCAAGUGUGAUAUAAGCUUAAAGGUAGAUUGUGUGAAUAAAAUUACCAAAACUCCAGACAUAGUGUUAGAGUGUGUGUUGGAUUCAGGAGCAGCGGAAAUAAGAUGCCCACCUACAAAACCAGCGGGAAGUAAAAACAGAGCAAAGGGGAGAGGCAAAGGCAAGAAAAAGAAACCAGGCAAGUCUCCUAAGGUUAAAUGCACCCAAAUGAAGGAUGAAGUUAGUCAAGAACCCACAGUGCUUCCACACACAACAGAACACUAUGACACAGUACCUGAAGAUGCACACCAGGAGAACACACACUGCAGCGGGACAACCGUGGAAGGUGAGAGUUCCUAUUUUAAGGACCGAGCUCUUAUCCAGGAAUCGAGCACAAGUGAGCCUUCAUCCCCAGUCAGAGACGUCGCCAAACACGACGGCAACCAACGCAAGAGCCGAACAAAACGAAGUGCCGACUAUCACCUUGUACAAAGUAACCUCACAGCUGCAGAUGACAUUCCCGAUGCUCCUGAUUUAUCUUGUCAGAAUUCCAUAGGCGAAAAUACAACUGUGAUAGGACAAACAGAGGAGUUGGAAUCCCGAGGGCGGAGAUUGAGAACCAGGAGGACGAGUGCCAAGCAAGAUGCCAAGUCUGAAUCCCAUGACGUCAAGACAGAAAUCAAUGAUGGAAAGUCUGAAAGCCAGGAGAGAAAAGUGGAAGCACUUGACAGAAAGUCCGGAGCCCAGGAGGAAAAGUUCGAAGCACAAAAUGGAAAGUUCGAAGGCCAAGAUGGAAUACCUGAAGUUCGAGACAGCAGCUCUGAAGUGCAAGAUGGUAGCUCUGAAGCCCAUGACAGGAAAGCUGAGAACCACGAAAACCAGGCUGAAGUUCAAGAUUUGAAAAUUGAAAUUGAAACCCAGGACAAGAAACCUGAAUCCCACGAAGAAAAAUCUGAAACCGAAGCCAAGAAAUCUGAAACACGGGAGAAAAAAUCCAAAAUUCAGGCUGAGAAAUGUGAAAUUCAGGCCCUGAAAUCCGAAAUUCCGACCCUGAAAUUUGAAACCCAAAAUACACCGUCGGAAGACCAAGUUGUAAAUAACGAGGCCAAAGGUACAGACAGUGAUGCCAAAGGUGCCGAUAAAGAGGGGAAGAAUACGAAUAAUGAGGGGAAGGGUGCAGAUAAUGAGGCAUCAGAUACAAAAUCCGAUAUUCCGAGUGGAAAGUGUGAAACACAGACUUCAAAAUCGGAAAUACAGGAUACAAUAGUAUCGAUCGAGGAUACAAAAGCAGAGUCUGGAAAUGCAGGCUUGGAAACCCCCAUUGUACAGACCAAAGUCCCGGAUGUGUUAUCCGAACCUAUAGAAAGAAAAUCAAAACCCACAAGUUUGCCCACGCAAGCGUCCGAUGACCUUGAAGUAUUAUGUACAUUCAACAGUUUAGAAGUAAGCGCUGUUACUGAACCCAGUAUUAACCUAAAUACCCUAGAGUCGUCCAGUAUGGCAGCUCCUCCUCCGGAUGCUUUGGCAGCUCCUCCUCCAGAUGCUCUGGAGGUUCCUCAGGGCACGGAUGUGGACGUGGAUGCAGAAACAGUAGAGAAUAUUGCCAAAUUUUUGGAAGAGACUGCUUCCAAUAUUCCCGCAGCUACGGAGGAGAGUUAUAUAGAGAAACGUCCCAAGCGGUCGUCUCGUCCUCCCAGGAAAAUGGACGAAAACGAGAUGAAUGACCUACUGAUGCUUCUCAACAUGGAGGACGAGGAGAGUGAAGAUGAGGACUACGUCCCCAAGGACCUGGACAACUUCGACAGCAUGGCAGAAAGUGACGAGGGGGGAGACAGUGAUGGUAACGACUAUAGAGAGGACGAUGGUGAUUCCAGUGGUUGUGAGAGUAGAGGAAGUGGUAGUUUAGGUAACCUUCUUAGUAUGGCUAGUGAUAGUGGUGGUUGUAAUGACUUUGUGCCAACAACUCUUAAGCAUGGUAAAGGACCUGCUAAACAAAAGGGACUUAAGAAAGACAGAGGUAAGAAAGGGAAAACUGACACUUCCAGUGCCAAGAAAGGGAAAGUCAUUAAGGGGAAAGUGAAAAGCUGUAGCAAGUCGAGAAACGACGACUCGGAAUUGAGAAAAAAGAACGAGGAUGGGAGAAGAAAAGGGGAAACGUACGAGAGACGAGGUCCGUUCAUCCGAUUGGACAAAACUAGGAGUAGGGAAGUAAUUGUCAACGCUCCUCACAGAGACGAGGAUGAACAGGAGAAAACCGUGCGCAAAACCAGUAUCCAGUUCUACUGCAAGAUUGAAGCUAAACAAAAGACUGCCAAAGUGGGUUACAACAGCACCCUACACAACAACUAUGAUGCCUUCUCUAAAGAUACCUCCUGGUAUUGCUCAUUAUGCAAAAACUAUAGUCAUUCUUGUAAGCUUGGUGACCUCUAUGGGCCUUAUUUCAUCGAAGGUCUUACCCUGUUGAAGAAGCAGUACCCACAGGUACUGGAGGGGCAGGUGGUGGAGUCGUCCUCGCCCACGGAAGUAGGCAAGUUGAAGAGGCGAACCCAAAGACGGGAGUCAGUGUCCGACGGAUCGCUAGAAACUAGAAAAUUGGAACUUGGAGGAUCGUCACCGCCCUGGAGAUUCAUACCAGCAGCCACACCUGCUCGAAUGUUGGGUCGUCCAGCGACAAAGGAGGCGCCGCAACAACUACCUGACCAUCCGAACUCGGCAGCCUCAGCGAACACAAAGGAAGCGUCGAGGGAAGAUGUUGUCACUCCUCCAGCCGCUCCCUCUGUGGCUAGACCUCCGGGGACGGAGUGCUGGGUCCACGAAGCCUGUCUACUAUGGGCCCCAGGGGUCCAUAUUAACAACAGCAAGCUGUGUGGCCUAGAAGAGUCAGUUAUCCAUGCUCAGGAUAGUAUAUGUAGCAACUGCAGCGAGGCUGGAGCGACAGUGGCAUGCCUAGGGAAAGGUUGCUCGCUCAUGGUGCAUGUUCCCUGUGCAACGCAGCUGCAGUGGACCUUAGACCACCACUCCUUCAAGUCACUCUGCCCAAAACAUACUAAACUGACUUAAUAGACAAGAAGACCCGGGUAGGCCUAUUCUCAACUUGAGAGGUGGAGCCACUUCGAGUAGGCCUACUUUUCACUUAAGAGAGGAGAAGCCCCGGGUAGGCCUACUUUCAACUUAAGAGGAGAGACCCUGGGUAGGCCUACUUUCAACUUCAGAGAGGAGGAGAGGCCCUGGGGACGCCUACUUUCAACUUCAGAGAGGAGAGGCCCUGGGGACACCUACUUUCAACUUCAGAGAGGAGAGGCCCUGGGGAGGCCUACUUUCAACUUCAGAGAGGAGAGGCCCUGGGGAUGCCUACUUUCAACUUCAGAGAGGAGAGGCCCUGGGUAGGCCUACUUUCAACUUCAGAGAGGAGGAGAGGCCCUGGGGAGACCUACUUUCAACCUAAGAGAGGAGGAGCAGCCUCAAGUAGGCCUGAAAACUCAAGAUACAAAAAACUUAUAAAUCUCAUCUUAUUUUCAACUGUAAAAAAUUGUACAGAUAUUGUUUUGUAUUUUUGUCCAUUAUGCAGUAAUAUGUUUUAUUGACAUGACCAAAACCAUUGCAGAAUUUUAUGCAUCAUUAAUGUUAUUAUUAAAAAAGAUCUUGAAAAA